AUGGCAUCAUCUCGUAGAGAUUCAUCGCCACGUAGAACAAGCACAAAUCACCCACACUCACACUCAUCAUCAACAACAACUUCAACAUCAGCUAUAACAAAUAGACAAUUAUCUCAUUUAAAUUCACAAAUUGCUCAAUUACAAGCUAAUUUAUCAGAUUUUAAUGAUUUAUUAACAACUUCAUGUGAUCAAUAUAAAAAUAUUGAAAUGUUAGGAAAAAUUCAUGCUAGUAUAUUUAUGGCUAGUAGGAAAGUAUUUGAAGAAGAAGAUGCUUUAGUACAAGGUAAUACAAAUGGAGAUUAG